AUGAGGAAACAAACGAAUCAUCUUUGUUAUGCAUAUGAUUUUCCUCGUGAUAAACUUAAGCCUUCCGUAGCUAGAUUAGUUAUGAAUCAGCAAAGUAUUAACAACGCUUCUCAUCCAUAUGUUACAAAUAAUCUAUCUAAUAUUGUUACCACUCCAGCUGUCCAUGAUGGUUAUAGUGGAACUAGAACAGAUGGUCACGGAUGUGUGACUGUCAUGACCGGUAAUAUAGAUCAACAGAUGACAUGUUCACUAUCAAAAACGAAAUAUUGGAUUAACCAGUUAAGAGAGUUUGCUAGGACACGGCGUGUCUGCAAAUUUGUACGUGAACAAAAAGCAGCUAAAACACUUGGUAUUAUAAUGGGUUUAUUUAUAUUAUGCUGGUUACCAUUUUUUGUGUGUAACAUACUAACAGCUAUCAAUCCAUAUUCAAUUAACAGAAAUACUGCAUUCAAGCAAAUUAUUAUUAUUGUUACUUGGUUAGGAUAUAUUAAUUCAUGUAUUAAUCCAAUUAUCUAUGCUCAUUCAAUGCAUGAAUUUCGUAGGGCAUUUAAACGACUUCUGUGUUGUCAUUGGUGGCAUCGUAAACAAGUUCAGCUGAGAAAAUCAACAUCAUUUUCGAAUCACAGUCGUCGCUAUCACCAACAUAGUACUUACCUUCAUCGGAGUCAUCAUCAUCAUCAUCAUAAACAUCAUCAAAACAAACUUUGUCAGUCUGAAGAUCAAAAGAACUCCUACCAUAGUCAAUUUAGUGGUCAGAGUAAACAUAAUUAUGAAACAAUGCUAGAAAAUUACCAAUCUCCUGUAAACUUCCCCAGUGUAACAGAAUACCAAUCAGGUAAAUGUCACACUCAACAACAGAAUGCUGAAAGUAGCUAUUUAUCAUACAGUAUACUUUUGCCAAAUUUAAGCGACUCAAUUUGUUCCAAAUACAAGUAG